CCACGCCCCCCGGAGCUGCUGCGCUGCACAGCCGGGCUCGCCGGCUCGGGUGAGGCAGCAGGCGCCUCGCCGGGUCCUGCCUGCUGUGGACGGGACCCUCCUCGCUCUUCCCACUCCCGCUUCCCUCAUGGCCAGGACAGCUUGCUUCCCAGGGAGCUGCGGGUUCCAUGCCCCCACCGGCCUUCGGGGCAGAUGCGCCAGCGAUGUCCCAGCGUCCCCUGGAGGGUCCCUCAGCAGCCGCCAGGCCCGCACGGACCCCUGCAUCCCCCGCUCACCCCGCUCACAGGGAGUGAGAGUGGCCGGCCACAAGCCAGUGGGUCUGGGGUUCCACGCAGGGACUCUGAAGUCCCGCUGCCGGGGUCAGAGUCGGAAGAGGGAAAAGGAGGAAGGGCGCACGCUUUCCAGGGCCGCCGUCAACAACGCCAGGUGUCUCGCCCGCAUCGGCAGUGGAAUCUGCCCGAAGUCCUUCGAGGCGAGCACGCCAUCGCCCCCACCGUACAGUGAGGUCAGGGGGGAAGGCACCCCAGGGGUCAGAACUGGAGACGGAACAUGCCCGGCUUCGUCUUCGCCCCGAGCGUCCUCCAAGCGCCCAAAACACAUGGCAUGUGGCUGGAGAUGCAGAAGACCAGAGCCUCGAUGGCCGCCACAGAGGAGGGGAGGUGGGGCCUGCAGUGCUGCGCAGUCCUUGUCCUCUAGCUCGGUCCCCUGUCCUCUCUCUGAUCGUAGCUCAUGUCAGUAAUCGAUCCACACAUCAGGGGGCCCCUCAACACAAGCUGAGCCCAUUGUAUUGGCUCUCAGUUCCCUUUAAGAAGCUGAGACCCCCUGCCUUCCCGUUUAUCCCACUCAGCUCCGCUCCGGCCUGGAUGGAGCACCUCCGCACUGAGCAUCCGACCACACCUCUCGCCAGCCUUUCCGCCCGG